GGUCACAGGCGAUGGAGGGGAGGUUGUCAAACAGACUAUGACCCAUUUAACUGUCGGUGUGACAGGUUUUGUUAUUUAACGUGUUUUGUUUUAAUGGAACUGGCCAAGUUCCGGUUUAGCCUUCCUCAAAUGAAACUUUCCCAGCUCAAGCACCAUUCUCCGCGCUGCAUGGCCUUGGAGACAGAAGCCGAGGUGUCAGUCAAGAGGUCCUGCCAUAUGCAGACUUACGAUGACUUGUGAUUGAUGUGUUAAAACUGCAGCAAUGGCCGACUGCACCAGUGAUAAUGGGCUACACAAGUUGUGCGUGUCAAUCAAGAACUGUGACACUGACACUGUCAGAGGCUUGCUGGACACCAAGCCCGAUGUCAACAAGGUGUGGGAGAAGGAGCAGAUAACUCCACUCAGCCUUGCAAGCUCUCUCGGCUACAUGGAACUUGUCCGACUGCUGAUCUGUGCUGGAGCAGACGUGAACCUGGCAGGCCCCGAUGGCAAGACAGCGUUGCAUCACACUUGCAGUGUGGAGGAGAGGAAGCCAGAACUGUUUGAUAUUCUGGAGAUGCUGUUACAGUCUGCACAGAACAUCAACACUGACAAGAAGGAUAACAUGGAAUGUACUCCCUUGUUCUAUGCAUGUCAGUCGGAUGAUGUGAAGAUUGUUCAAAGGUUGAUAGGCGAAGGAUGUGAUGUGAACGUUUCCACAAUGGAGGGAGACACACCACUGAAAGUGUCUUGCCGAAACGCAGAGUUCCGCUUCUUCUGGAAAGGCAGAUGUGAAUUAGGAGGAAAAGAAGACUUUCGACCAAGCUCCUUCCCACCAGUUGAGAUAACCAAACUGCUUUUACAAGCUGGAGCCAAUCCUUGUGAAGCUACCUUCUUGCCCACAGCUGUACAGUUCUCUGCCGUUGACUUAGUGAUUGAGUUGCUUGACUUGGGAAUGAAUGUCAAUAUGCAGGACGACAAUCAAAGAUCCCCUCUUGGUUGUGCCUGUUCUUCCUCCAAUGUGGACCCCAAAGUUGUGAAACUUCUGCUUGAUCGGGGAGCAGACGUCAAUAAAGGAGGUGGAUGGAAAAAGCAAAAGCCUUUAAUUUUUGCUUACGUGCACAAUUCUGUUGAGAAAAUCCAGCUCCUGCUUUCUUAUGGAGCAAAGGUCACAGAUGAGGAAAUGACAGAACUUGUUUCAAUGACCUUGUCAAAAUCUUUCCUUGAAAAUCCAGAUAUUGUGGGUCCUAAAAGUAAAGAGCUGGUAGCUUGGCGUCUGCUGUUUGCAGCUGGUUUCCGACCACAGGUUGAUGCUCUGCAGGUUAAGAGGCACAACUUGCGUGUCAUGAGCAGCUAUGACAGUAUAUCAGAAUGGAUCGAUGACUGUUUCUUCUACCCAGUGAGAUCCCUGAAGGAGUGUUGUCGAGUGACCAUUCGACAAAAUGUGCAUCCGAUGAUCGAUAAAAAAAUUGAACUCCUACCUCUUCCACCUCAGUUAAAAUUGUUUUUGCAAUUUUCUGAGUUCAAUAAUUAAGGUGAAUAUGUGUAAGCAACUGUUAAGUAGUUCAUGAACUUAUAUUUGUGUUUGAUGUGUUUGACCACACUUAUUCAGAAAAAUUACACUUUGAAUUGUCAUUGUGGGGAAAAUCAAACCAACUGCUACUCUAAACUGGUGUAUCUUGUUUCAUCUGUCCUUGUUUAUAAUGUCAGUAAAUUUGAGUUGGA